AUGGCGAGCCACGACGAGAAGGCAAAGAAGCACGUGGUGAUCUACGCCCCGGCGUCGAUGAGCAGCCACCUUGUCUCCAUGGAGGAGCUCGGCGAGCUGCUCGCGGCGCACGGCCUCAAGGUCACCGUCGCGAUCGGCGGGCGGACCGGCGACGAGGCCGCCGGAUCAUUCGCCGCCGCGCUUCCCGAGCUCUCCUUCCGCCGCCUCCCGCCCGUGACGCGCCCGCGCGACGUGCCCGGCCACGACUACGUGGCACUGACCUUCGAGCUCGCCCGCGCCUCCAACUCCGACCUCCGCGAGUUCCUCCGCGCUGCCUCCCCGCUCCCGGCCGCCCUCGUCCUCGACUUCUUCUGCGGCAGCGCCGUGCACGUCGGCGCCGAGCUCGGCAUCCCGACCUAUUUCUUCUUCACCUCGUCCAUCUCCGGUCUGGCGGAAUUGCUGUACCAUCCCGUGAUCCAUGAGCGGACAACCGUGAGCCUCCGAGACCUCGGUGGCGAGCGUCUGCACAUUCCGGGCAUCCCCGGGAUACCCGUGGAAGACCUCCCCGCGGCGAUCCUCGACCGCAACAGCCUCGCCAACAGACUCUUCCUCGCCCUGUCCGAACAGAUGUGCGAAUCGCACGGCAUUAUCAUGAACAGCUUCCGCGCGCUGGAGCCGGGCGCCAUCGACGCCAUCGUGAGCGGCCUCUGCACGCCGCCGGAGCGUCGGACGCCACCGCUGCACUGCGUCGGCCCGCUGAUGAAGCUGGAGAAGGCCGGCGCGAACCGGCACGAGUGCCUGGCGUGGCUCGACGCCCAACCGGACGCCAGCGUCGUGUUCCUCUGCUUCGGCACCAUGGGCCGAUUCAGCGCGGAGCAGACGAGGCAGGUGGCGCGCGGGCUGGAGACGAGCGGGCAGCGGUUCGUGUGGGUCGUGCGCCGCCCGCCCGGCGAGGACAGCAGGGGGAAGCCGGCGGACCCCGACCUGGACGCGCUCCUCCCCGACGGCUUCCUUGCCCGCACCAAGGGGAAGGGGCUGGUGGUGCCGGCGUGGGCGCCGCAGCGGGAGGUGCUGGCCCACGCCGCGGUCGGGGGGUUCGUGACGCACUGCGGGUGGAACUCGGUGCUGGAGGCGAUCGUGGGCGGCGUGCCGAUGCUGGCGUGGCCCAUGUACGCCGAGCAGCGGACGAACAAGGUGUUCCUGGUCGAGGAGCUGCGCCUGGCCGUGGCUCUGGAAGGUUACGACAAGGAGGCGGUCAGGCACGAGGAGGUGGCUGCGAAGGUGAGGUGGCUGAUGGAGUCGGACGGCGGCGGGGAGCUCCGGGAGCGGACACGGGCGGCCAUGCGGCAGGCGAAGGAGGCGCUGAGCGACGGUGGGGAGUCGAGAACAGCGCUGCUGGAGCUCGUAAGACAGUGGAAGAAGUGAAAAAUACUUGCCAACUGGCCUGGGCAUGGACUGCUAGUCCAAUCAGGUUAAUUAGCGUAAAUCCAAUUCCGCACGCGCUCGU